AUUCGCGCAAACGAAACUCAUUGCACCAUCGAAACCCCAUCGGGCCAACGAACUGUCUUGGUGGCGAGCAUUUACGACGGAGUGAUUGAAAGUGUACAGACGGGGACCAGCGAACCGAUCAGGCUCAACUAUUUGUCCGGUGGACUUUUGGUGUCUCGUUCGCAAGGUGGAGCUGCCACUGUGUUCGAAUAUAACCAGAGAGGGCAAGCGACGGCUAUGCGAAGGGAUGGAGAGGAGUUUAGAAUUGAAGAUGAGCAGGUUUCGGCCGGCCGCGUCUCAACGAAUGUCCUAAGAAACGGAGUCCCCUUCGCCACUUUCACUUCUCGUGGUCCGGAAGUUGCCUAUGAAGCUAACACGCCUUCUCGUAUCAUCUACAUGGAUGAUGGAUUCUCGGUAACCCAUGCUGGUAUGACAUCACUCCUCGAUAGUCAAACCCAUCCGGCUCAUGGAGAAACGAGCAUUCUCAAAAUGAAGACCACUAUCGAUGCUAUCCAGAAUCCCACUCGUCGUGCGCUGACAUCACGAUUUGACUGGCGACCGUUUGUGAAACGUGGCGGUGCCGAACGGCGUAUCGCUGAGGUUGGCGCUCGACCAAGGGUGAAUGGUGUAAGCGCUUUUACUGUCACAUUCGAUCGAGUGACACGAAGUGACGUUAUCAGUGCUAAAUCCGAGGAUGAGACAUUGCGUUUGAGCUACACUGACACGUAUCGCCUAGCAAAUCUGAGCAUCCACUAUGAUUCAUUGGGUAGAAGAAAUGAACUCAUCUGGGGUAAUCGUACGACUCAAGUCACUUAUGAUCGACAGAAUCGCAUCGUUGAACGCGCCGUGAAAGGCGGAGUCACUACGAAAUUCGUUUACACAAAGGAAUUACGUCAUCCGAGUACUGUAGAGCUGCCAGGAGGAUUGAAAUAUUCGCUGAAGGUUGGUUCAAAAUAAAC